ACGUAUCCACGGUGACAGCUCGACUUACUGGGAGAUGGAUCACUCUUGCCAGAGACACAUUUUACAUAGUCUUUAAUACUUUUGUCAGACUAGUAUAAAUAUUACAGGCCCUGAGCCUAGCAAGUAGUCCCAGAGAAGAACCUGUUACAGACAGAAUAUUUUCUGACUGUGCCAAGCUUGGUGCCUGUGAGGUCAAGAUGACCAGGAUUGUCCUACUACUGCUCGUGUCUCAGCUUGUCUUGCAGUGCUUGUCCUCGGGUGGACAUGAUACUGGGCAUGGGGGGCACGAAGCACCACAGGCAGGUGGACACGGAGAUUCUCACAGCACAGGACAUGGAGAUGCCCAUGGUGGCGGACAUGGCGACGCCCAUGGUGGCGGACAUGGCGACGCCCAUGGCGGUGGACAUGGCGACGCCCAUGGCGGUGGACAUGGUGGAGACAUCCACGGUGGGGUACACGGUGACCCCCAUGGAGGAGGAGGACAUGGUGGAGGCCAUCACGGACCACCUCAUCCGGGAUACUCGAGUGCCUCUGUUUUAGGAUUGAGCUCAAUUCUUCUAGCAUCUGUAGUUUUAUUGAAACAUUUGAUUUAAACUGUGAAAGAAGGAAUGUCAAGGACGAAUGUGUGUGCAUAUUAAAUGAAAUGUAUGCAUGUAGUAGUUUGUUUUAAACAAAAUAGAUUGCAGUUACUACAUUUUUAUUACUUUUUCUACUAAAUAAAAAGACGAACUUUAUAA